UAGGUGGGAGUCCUUGCUCGGGGAGCCGAGCGCUGGCAGAGGCGGGCAUUCGCCCGCAGGCUCCGCGGCAGCAGCCCCGCCCGCUGAUCCCGCAGCAAGUAGCAGUCCCGGUCACCCCUCUUCGGCAGCAGCUCUUGAAGGAUGCGGAGUGGUGGAGCGCGGGCGGCGGCGGGGCGCCGCGGGGGGACCCUGCGCUGCGCCGGGCGCGGGCGCCGCCGCCCCUGCUCGCUGCGCUGGGCAGCAGCUCAGUGAGCGCGGUGGCCGCGGCAGGAGGAGGCGCAGACGGGCUCGCUGCGGCCGCUGCCGUCGCCGGAGGGGCUGCGAGCCGCUCCGCGCCGGCGGCGGGGCUGCGCGGCGACCCGCGCUGGGGAAGGCGCGGGCGGCGCUGCCACAGGUGACUCGCGGGCCCGGGGUCGAUCUUCGCCCCGCUGCCGCUCGGCUGCCCUUGCGCGUUCGUGCCCCCUGCGCCGCGGCCGCCUGCGCGAAGCCCGUCUUCAGCCACUUCGCCGCGCCUGCAGGAGCGCCGGGGGACAUGGCUUUGCUUCGGCUCCUUCUCCUCUUGCUCCUCGCCCAGCGGGGGCUCGGGGCCGCCGCCGGCGAAGGGCAGGCGGUGCGCAGCCAGGAUUGGGCACUUAGAGGGAGACAGCCUCUUUACAACCACAUCAAGAGCCGGGAGCCUCCGCCGGCCCCGCGGAGCCGCUCUACGGCGAGCACCAUCUUGGCGCAGCGGCUCGCUGAGGAGGUACCCCAGGACGUGGCCUCGUUCCUCUACACGGGUGACUCCCGGGAGCUGGGGCGUGCCAACUGCUCCGGGCGGUAUGAGCUGGCCAGCCUGGCCGGCAAGUCGCGCUUCACCUCGCACCCGUCCCUGCACGGGGCCCUGGACACCCUCACCCACGCCACCAACUUUCUCAACAUGAUCCUCCAGAGCAAUAAGUCGCGGGAGCAGAACUUGCAGGAGGACCUGGAGUGGUACCGCGCCUUGAUCAGGAGCCUCCUGGAGGGGGACCCCAACAUCUCCAGGGCAGCUAUCACUUUCAGCACGGAGCCUUUCUCCUCCACACCCCAGGUUUUCCUUCAGGCCAGCAGGCACGAGAGCCAAGUCCUCUUGCAGGACUUAUCCUCCUCGGCUCACCGCCUGGCCAACGCCUCUGUGGAAACGGAGUGGUUCCACAGCCUGAAGCGCAAGUGGAGGCCACAUCUGCAUAGGAAGGUCUUGAACACGGGGCCCAGAACUUUAGAGAACAGCUGGAAGAGAUGGGAGAGCUUCACUGCCGAUAAGAACCACAUCAGGUGGUCCUCGCCUUACCUGGAGUGUGAGAAUGGGAAUUACAAACCCGGCUGGCUGGUGACUCUCUCAGCGGCUUUCUAUGGGCUUCGGCCGAACCUCCUCCCUGAGUUCAGAGGUGUUGUCAAAGUGGACAUCAAUCUGCAGAAGGUGGACAUUGACCAGUGUUCGAGUGAGGGGUGGUUCUCGGGGACGCACAGGUGUCAUCUCAACAAUUCUGAGUGCAUGCCAAUUAAAGGCCUUGGAUUUGUGCUUGGAGCCUACAAGUGUAUUUGCAAAGCUGGAUUCUAUGAUCCCAACAUCUUCUCAGUGAACAGCUUUCAGAGAAAGGAUGCAGAAAAUCGCUUUUCCGGUGGUGAAUUGUCAGAGGAAGUCUAUACCUGCCUGCCCUGCAGGGAAGGGUGUUCUUACUGUACAGAUGAUACUCCCUGCUAUGCACAGGAGGACAAGUAUUUACGGCUGGCUAUCAUCUCAUUCCAAACUCUCUGUAUGCUGCUGGACUUCAUAAGCAUGCUGGUAGUCUACCAUUUUCGCAAGGCAAAGAGUAUCAGGGCUUCAGGGCUGGUGCUGCUGGAAACCAUUCUUUUUGGAUCACUUCUUCUGUACUUCCCGGUUGUCAUUUUGUAUUUUGAGCCAAGUGUAUUUCGCUGUAUUCUCCUAAGAUGGGUUCGUCUUCUGGGCUUUGCUACUGUUUAUGGAACUGUGACCCUCAAACUUCACAGGGUUUUGAAGGUAUUCCUUUCCCGAACUGCUCAGCGUAUUCCAUACAUGACAGGUGGGCGAGUGAUGAGAAUGCUGGCUGUUAUUCUCCUGAUAGUCUUUUGGUUUCUCGUUGGCUGGACUUCUGCAGUAACCCAAAAUUUGGAGAGAAACAUUCCACUCAUUGGCCAAGGGCAAACAUCUGACUACCUGAUCUUCAAUAUGUGCCUCAUAGACCGCUGGGAUUACAUGAUGGCUGUUGCUGAAUUUUUAUUCCUCUUGUGGGGUGUUUAUCUCUGCUAUGCAGUGCGGACAGUCCCAUCAGCAUUUCAUGAGCCACGUUAUAUGGCUGUUGCAGUACACAAUGAGCUCAUUAUCUCUGCUAUAUUCCAUACAAUUAGAUUCAUUCUUGCUUCGAGACUUCAGUCUGACUGGAUGCUGAUGCUGUUCUUUGCACACACGCACUUGACUGUGACAGUCACUGUUGGGCUACUUCUGAUCCCUAAGUUUUCACAUUCAAGCAAUAAUCCAAGAGAUGAUAUAGCUACAGAAGCUUAUGAAGAUGAGCUUGACAUGGGUCGAUCUGGAUCCUAUCUGAACAGCAGUAUCAAUUCAGCAUGGAGUGAACAUAGUUUGGAUCCUGAAGAUAUUCGGGAUGAAUUGAAGAAACUAUAUGCCCAGCUUGAAAUCUAUAAAAGGAAAAAGAUGAUUGCUAAUAACCCACAUCUCCAGAAGAAAAGGUGCUCUAAAAAGGGGUUGGGGCGCUCAAUAAUGCGACGUAUUACAGAAAUCCCUGAGACGGUCACCAGGCAGUGCUCCAGGGAUGAGAAGGACCUGAUGGAGCAUAGUGUUGUGAAGAACGUGGCUACGCUGAAGAAAAACCCACCAGACUCCACAAGUUCUGCAAAGCCAAAAGAGGAGACUUUGAAAAAUAGGGUCUUUUCCUUAAAAAAGUCCCACAGCACUUACGAUCAUGUUAGGGAUCAAACAGAAGAACCAAAUAGCUUAACUACAGAAAGCACUGAAGUUAUAGCUGCUGAGAAUUCACUACUGGACUCACUGAAUGAUAACAAGUUAACCAAAAAUGCUCCUGAAAAGGUUGAAGCUGUCUCCACUGAAUCGGUCCCUUUGGUGUGCAAAUCAGUAAGUGCACAUAAUUUAAGUGCCGAUAAGAAGCCUCUGCAUCCAAGAACAUCUGUGUUACAAAAAUCCCUCAGUGUUAUUGCUAGUGCCAAGGAAAAGACUCUGGGACUAACAGGUAAAACACAAAGUCUGGAAGAAAGCACGAAGUCUCAUAAACCUCAGCCAAAGGGUAAGGAGGCUGGCAAAAAGCACUCGGUCUCUGAUAAAGGUGAGCAUAAGGAUUCCCACCAGAAGAACUCUACCCACUCUGAGGAAGCAAAGAAAGCCCAUAAAUCUUCAAUUAUGAAGCAGCAAAGGGUUAGUCAGACACCUGCAAAUCCAGACACAGGCCCAGAGCCAGAGAAAAACCACCCUUCUCAGCCAAAGGGGAAGACUCAUCGUAAGCUGAAGACACCUGAGGGGUAUCAGCAGUCAAAUCAAAUAUGUUCAGAGAAGGUGGAGGAAGCUGCUCAGGAGACACAAGAGCAAAAUGACAAAACCCAGUCAAAUUCCAAGUCUCCAGUUUCCCCUGGGCUGAAGCAUGAGAAUGUUAAUAGAUAUACACCUAAUACCUGUGCUGGGGAGCUGGAAGAGCUACCCCAGAGAGCAGCAGAAAAAGAAAACCUCAAUAAAUUGGCAGAACAGAAAAAAAAUGCCUCUUCCGAGGGAAAUGUGCUUUCAUCUGACUCCCAUAAGCCAAGUAGUUACUUCCAGCAACCUUUAGCAUCUCGAGCUGAAGUCUGCCCUUGGGAGUAUGAUACACAAGAUUUACCAAAUGCAGGAAGAAGUGUAGCUUUAUCGAACACCUCUGCUAUAAGUGCAAAUAAAACAGCAACACCUCGAAAAUAAGAGGCUUUUGGACUGAGGAGAGUAGCAACAUUAAAAAGAAAACAGGAAAGACAGAGGGGACUUAGGCCAAAAGGAUCUGAAAAUUCCUAAGGAGCAUCACUUAAAUCAAGGGAAUCAGCACUACAAAGGAGUUAAGCAAAGUAAAUUAUCAUUAAUGUUGUUAUUGUUUAGUUCUUGAGUGCCAACAAUGUGAUUAGCAGUGUCCAGAAUAUGGUCCCUGCUCCAAGGAUUUUACUGUAUCAAUGAAAGAAACCUGCCUUUGUGAAAUCACUUCUCUUUUAAAAGAAAAACAUGCAGUGGUAACAAAUGCACAGUACAGAUCUCAACUGAAUUAUUUCUGAAUGCCAGAACUGGCUUUAACUUGCCCUUGGGACUUUAAAGAUCCAGCAGAAGUAGGGAACACAAAAUGUCCUGAUGGCAAAAAGGGGUAUCAAUGAGCAGCUUAUUAAAAUGGCGAAUUUUCACUUUACAUAUUUAGUCUAGAUAGCACCGCUAACUCAAUGCAUCCCCAAACACAUUUUAUAUAAUGAUUGCUCUCAUUUUCUUAUUACUGUGUGUUUAAGUACAUUGUUGUGUCUCAUAUUAAAGCAUUCCAGGUUGUAUAAUUUUUUGCAAAUAACUUUGAUAUUAUGUGACACAACAGCGCAUUUAUGCAAUCUGCAGAUACUUUCUUCUAAUUGCAAGUUAAAAUACCUGCUGUAGACUUUUUGUUUAGAUAUAGAAUUGCAGUAAUCUUUCACUGGCUAUGGAAGCCAUAAUUCAUAUUGGGCUUUGGAGAUUUUUUUUUUCUUUCCUGUGAUUUAUAUAGUGAUUUUGUCUUUUUUUGUUUACUCUCUGUUAUUUAUAGUUUGAUACAGUAUUAUUCAGGGGUUUUAUACACAGUAAGUUACUUGUUUAUGCAUUUCCCUGUUAAUGCUCAUAGACUUUGUUUAUAGUGGAAAUUCAGUCGUCUUAGCUGCUUAUUCUUAGGACAACUUAUCUGUUGUUUGUUACUAAUUGGAAGCUAUCAUCUAACAAACCAGAAAUCUUGCUUAAAUAUCAGUGGUGAUACUGAGUAUAUCCCACUAUUAAAAUACGCAAGAAUGACAAUGAAAAUAUACCCCAGAAAUGAUUGCCUAUUUUACUAAAACCAGAUAACCCUGGGAAAUAUAUUAGCUAGUUCAUAUAAAACAACAGUGUACUGUUUAUCUCUGUUGGCAAACCUCAAAGAAUUGGCCCAUGGAGUGAGGAGAGAAGUCCAAAAUAUUACUCUUCCCCCAUGUAUGCAAUUGUAAGAGACAGUGGGAAGGGAAAUGAUGGCAUCUCUCUCCCACUCUCCAAAAUGCUUUGAUUUUAUUUAUUUAUUCACUUAUUUGUUUAUUUACGCAUACUUUUGCAGUAAACCUUAGUGCUUAAUACAGUGCUAAUUUUCAGUAAUAACUACAGUCCUCAUUGUGCAUAUGAGCUUAAUUCACAGAUGGCCCAUUCACAACUUGGUGAUGGUACAGCAUCAGGGCCUGAGGACGUAUUGUAAAGGGUCUGAGGAGUAUCACUAAUACUAAAAAACCCUCAUCUAUCUAAAUGCAGUGCCAGUAAAGUGCUGUUCACUAGAAUUGGCAUCUAUAAAGUACUCCAAAACAAAGACAGCUCAGUCCUAAAGAACUUGUGCAAUUUGAGAGAAGUGAUGGGGUUCAUUGGAAGAACAUGAAAUGAGGAUGAUUGAAUAGAAUGUGUUGUUUAAUAUAUAUAAUAUAUAUAUAAAAUAGAUAUUUAUAUAUGUUUAAUAUAUAUAAAAUGUCUUAUCUAAUACACUCAUGCACCUACAUAUAUGUAGUAUAAACUGAUUUUUGUGGCAUCAUACAAAAAGUGGCUUAAGAUGAAAUGAAAUGAGCACAGGGACUUAAGCUGGGCAUGAGCAGGACUUUCUUUGUCCUUACCAGUAGUCUAUGGGUAUGUCUACACUGAUAGAUCAAGAUGGAUCUUCCUACUGCCUCUGCUAAGGUGAAACUGAGAGCAUGCCAACACAUGAGCCAGCUGUGGUCAAGCUGGCUCAGGUCAUUGGCUCAGGUCUCAGUGCUGUCUACAUACAUUGGCCUCAAUCGUAAAUUCUGCUCAUUAGCUUCAGAUUAAAGUGGCCAAACUGCCCAACUAACCUAGUUAGCCUGAAUGGUGCUCAGUUCCACCAUGGGGACACGCUAACUUAGAUCUUUGCUACCCUGGGCCUGUCUGACUCUCCCACCCCUCUUUUGUAGGGUGUAGUUAUGGCCUAGAAUAUCUGGUCUUUGCCUUUAAUACACAUCUUCCAACUGGGACCCCUUCAACCCCUCUUCACCUGUAAAAGAGUGUCAGGCAUACAAGUCUGCUUUGGACGUUUGUGCACCCACUUUCCAUACACAGUGCCAGUGGCAUCCUACAUGCAGACCAAAUCUAGCUUUCUGCUUAGUGUGGAAAAUAGCUGAGGUUAGACUUGGUGUGCCCAGAUUCUCCCAUCCCACUCCCAGAAACUCAUGGGAUUUGUUGGUAACCUUUUCAUCAACUUCAGUGGGAUUUGAUCAGUGCUUCAGAGAGAAAGUAACCCUAAGUUUUGCUGCAAGGGAAAAGUUCCAGCCUGGGAAUGCAGCUUUCUGUGAGUCCUCCAGGAGAGCACACUGACCCUGUGGGCAGAGAGAGGCACAACUUUCAACCUGCUGAGUAUGGUGACCACCUUGCACCUCUGCUACCCCUCAAGGAAGGUUCUGCAGCCUAUCUCAGCCGUGGUUUGUGUAAACAGGGAGCGGGGGGCCACUUAUGGCAGGUUGCCCUGACUCACUAACUGAGUCAGCACUUUGUCACAGCCAGGUGCUGAGGUUAAAAGUGGGAGUCUGUAGGAGAGUCAGGAAAGGAGAUGUUUGUACAUACUCACAAGAGCAGUUGCCAGCCCUGGCACCCGCACUCAUCUUGCCCUCCAUCCUUUACCUUGGUGCUGAGUGAGGACACACUGCCUCUGCUUUGCUCAGUGUUGGGGUGCAGCGUGCACCAGGGGUGAGGGGAGCCACAUCAGCAAAGUGUCCACACAGUACCACUGCCCCUGGUAUGUGGCAUUGCUGGCAGGAUCAAGCCCUUCAUGCAUGACUGCACCUGUGCCACUGCUGUCCAUCUACAAUUCUUUGGUCGUUUUCUUUU